AUGGAGCUCCCAGCCACGCGCCAGCUCUCCGCGGCACUGUCAAGCAUGGAUGACGGAUCACGUAGCGCUGCAGAGCUCGUGUUGAGCAACGACGUGUGCCUGGGCACCGUGUUCGCGGCGCUCGACGGCGCCUCCCUUGGCCGCUGCGCUGCUGUCUGCCGGCUCUGGCGCGAGCUGCUGUGCCGCGACGCCGGCGCAGACGCGGUCAUUUGGAAGGCCUCAUACCUGGCCGAACACAGGCGGGAAGCGCUGCCGCGCGAGUGGCUCGGCAGCUAUCGAGCCAUGUAUGCACGCGCGGCUGGCCUCCUGUCCGUGCCCGCGACCCACGUGCUGCCGGUUCAGGGCAGCGCCCUCUGCUACAGCCCCGGCGCGCGCGCCGUCGUCGCGUUGGCGCCGCGCGGCAACGUGCUCAGCGUGGUCGACGAGGGCGGCGCGGUGCGCGCGCGCGGCGUGCCGGAUCGCGGUGUGGCGGGUGCGGGGGGACGGCCGCUGCUGGCGGCGCUCGGCGGCAGCCUGGUUGUGCUCACCGCCGGCGACGGCGUAAUACAGGUGUGGGACGCCAGCACACUCUCGCCGGCGGGCACCCUGGGCGCCCACUCUGCGCCACUGACCAGCCUGUCAGCGGACGGCACCCUGGUCGGAUCGACCUGCGCCUCUGAGCUGAGGCUCUGGGAGGUCGACGAAGCGGCGGCCGCGUCUGCCGCCGCCGCCGCAGCUGCUGCCGUGGCAGAGGGAGGCGCCCGCGGCUCUCCUGCUGCCGCUGCUGCCGGGCCACGCGAGAGCGGGGAUGCAGCAUUUGCAGCCGAGGAGGGUGCGGAUUUGCAAGCAGAGGCGGAGGCGGCGCCGGCGCUGGCGCCUCCGACAGCAGCGCAGCGGGCGCUCGAGGAGGCGCAGCACGCGCGCACCAUCGUGGGCCGCUGCCUGUCUGCGGUGUCCAUCGGCCUGCCCCUGCCCUCACACGUCCUGGAGCCCCGGGUGGUGGUCUGCGGCGACCGCCGGCUGGCGGCCCUGUCCAACUGCAGCGCGCCGGCGCCGUCGUCGGUCGUGCGCGUGUACUGCGCGCGACAAAACGGGACCGCGGGCGCGCUGCUGCGGGAGCUGCCUGUGAACGCGGCGGCCGACAUGGCGUUUGUGCCGGGGCGGCUGCUGGUCGCGUCGGCGUUCCACGGGCGCAGCCUUGGGGGGCCGGAGCGCGCCUUCACCGUGGUGGUGCACUGCUGGGACACCGACACCUGGGCGUGGUCGCGGCUGGUGUCGCCGAGGCUGUCGACGACAUUCCCUGUGACAUCGGGGCAGGGCCUGCCCCUCAUCCACGUCACACAAGACUGGCUGCUCUGCGCCACCCCCACGCGCGGCGCCAGCCCCAUCCCCUCCUGCUGUGUCAACGCCUGGCGCCUGCCGCACCAACAGGCCGCGGCGCCAUCGGCGGGUGGGGACAAGGCAGUGCGUCUGAGGGCAGCUGGCGCCGGUGAGCAGCAUCAGCAGCAUCAGCAUCAGCAGCAGCAGCAGCAGCAGGACAAGGCGCACCAGGACGGGCAGCAGCUGCCGCAGCAGCAGCAGUUGCAGCAGCAGCAGCAGCAGCAGCGGCCGCCUGUGUUUCUGUUUGUGGGGGACAAUGGGGAGGGGUGCGACCCCUGGCACCCUGUGCUGGCGGAGACGGGCCCCGGGCGCCUGGGGGUGCUGACCAGCUCCCCCUGCAGCCUGCUCAUGGCAACGCCCGAGGGGCAGGUGCGCGCGGCUGAUAUAUGCAGGGUCGCACACGGCAGGGGCAACGCCGUGCAGGAGUGA